AUGUGGCGAACUAGUAUGACCGCACCGACCGCGCGAAACGGUCGACCUUGCGCGUACAGGAAAACGUUAAAAAAAUAAAUUAAGAAAAAAAAGGCUCGAUGCGUUUCGCGCCUUUAUAGUCUGUGCUGACCUCGUACAUAGUUUACGAAUUGAGUGUUUUUCAUAGAAUUUUGAAGUGAUUAAACACGAUUUGGUUGGUUUGAAGUGUCUUUUUUUAUUAUUAUUUGUGUUUUUUGUACUUUAUGAUUGAAUGUGUGUGUUAGAUCUUGUAGGUUAAAUUAAAAAUGUAUAAAUUAUUAGCAAUAAUUGUGGUAUUACUGACCGUCAAUGGUCAGGAGAAUGGCGGUGGAGACCUGGAGUCUGUUCUGCAGCAGAUAUUCGGCAAGCCAGGGGACAAUAGUGGUCUGCUGACAACGAUAGCUCCAGUGCCGAGACCGACACCCGGGCCCACCCUCGGAGAUAAGAAGGGCGAGUCUUCUACCCUUGUGCCUGGAGUAGUUACUGGGAAUGACGAUGAUACAUCGUGUACUACUGACAACGGAGAGCCGGGAGAGUGCGUACGGUACUAUCUCUGCGAUAUUAAGAACAACAAGAUCAUCCAAGAUGGAGUUGGUCUCAUAGAUAUUCGCGGUAGCGGCCCUUGUCCUUCCUACAUGGACACGUGCUGCCUGUCACCGGACCGUCUGCCCCCUGAAGAGCCUAUCACGCCCCCACCCCCACCCAAGGAGGAACAGAAAGUGGGCUGCGGUUGGCGCAACAAAAACGGCGUCGGGUUCCGUAUUACUGGCGAUAAAGACGGCGAGGCCAAAUUCGGCGAGUUCCCAUGGAUGGUUGCUAUCCUCAAGAUUGAACCAGUAAACGACAAAGACCCAGAAGGGCAGAAAUUGAACGUGUACGUGGGUGGUGGAUCCCUCAUCCAUCCUCAGGUGGUACUGACGGCGGCGCACUACGUCGCCACCGCGAAGACACUGCGCGUCAGGGCCGGCGAGUGGGACACGCAGACCACAAAGGAGAUAUACCCAUAUCAAGACAGGAACGUGUCUCAUAUAGAAAUACAUAAGGAUUUCAAUAAAGGGAACCUAUUCUACGACAUCGCAUUACUGUUCUUGUCGGAGCCUAUGGAACUCACCCCCAACGUAGGUGUGGUCUGCCUUCCGCCCCCUCGGGAGAGGAUCGAUGCAGGCACUAGGUGCUUGGCCUCCGGGUGGGGGAAGGACAAGUUCGGCAAGGAGGGGCGCUACCAGGUCAUAUUGAAGAAGGUGGAGGUGCCCGUGGUGGACCGUAAUACUUGCCAGAGCCAGCUCCGGAAGACCAGACUUGGGAAGCACUUCAUGCUGCAUUCGUCCUUCAUGUGCGCCGGGGGGGAGGCCGAGCAUGACACCUGCAGGGGAGAUGGGGGCUCGCCGUUAGUCUGUCCUAUACAGUAUGAACAAGACCGCUAUAUACAGUCUGGUAUAGUGGCGUGGGGCAUCGGCUGCGGCGAGGACGGCACCCCCGGCGUCUACGUGGACGUCGGCAACCUGCGCGACUGGAUCGACGACAAAGUCGCCGGUCGCGGGUUCGAACCCCGCACCUACACUUACUAACCUAACGUAGUUGUGCGACUAUGUAUUUGAUUUUUUUUUAUACUAUAAUAAAAACAAGAUUUUUUCUA